CUCUACAUAUACAUACAAAAUAUACAACAUAUGUAUAUUCACUAGCAUUAUUGGGAAGACAUGGGGAAUGCGAACGCCAGAGAAGACGGCGGCAACGGCGACGGCGACGGCGAGGUGUCGGGAAGAAGAUCUAAUGUUGAAUCUGGCAUAGUAGAAGAUCACCACGCUCUGACCUCGCGAGUGCCUUCGGCUGACUUGAUGGUCAAUUCUCCUCCGCAGAGUCCACAUCGUUCAGCUUCACCUCUCUUGUUCGGACCUCAGGUGCCAGUAGUUCCUUUACGAGGAGGGGAUGGCAAUCCUGUUAGCAAUCAAAUGUGGGGCAAUGAAUGCCAGGAUGCCUCUGAUCAUUCGCUAGAGGGUGGCAUACCUACUUUGAUUACAUGGAGUUAUGGUGGUAAUAACGUUGCUAUCCAAGGAUCUUGGGACAACUGGACAUCAAGAAAGCUUCUCCAAAGAUCAGGCAAGGACUAUACCGUUCUCUUGGUCCUUCCAUCGGGUAUUUAUCAUUACAAAUUCAUUGUGGAUGGAGAAGUUAGAUAUAUUCCAGAACUUCCAUGUGUAGCAGAUGAGACAGGCGUUGUCUUUAAUCUUCUUGAUGUUAAUGACAAUGUUCAAGAGAACCUCGAAAGUGUUGCAGAGUUUGAGGCCCCACCAUCACCUGACUCUAGCUAUGCGCAAGCUUUGCUGGGAGAUGAGGAUUUCGCAAAGGAGCCAGUGGCAGUUCCACCCCAACUUCAUCUAACUGUUCUUGGUUCUGAAAACUCAGAAGAGGCACCUUCUUCUCCAAAACCCCAGCACGUAGUACUUAAUCACCUCUUUAUAGAGAAAGGAUGGGCUUCUCAAUCCGUCGUUGCUCUUGGUUUGACGCAUAGAUUCCAGUCGAAAUAUGUCACUGUUGUCCUCUACAAGCCACUGAAGAGGUGACCACCCCGUGUUUACAAUCAAAUCUUUCCAGAGCUUUCUCAGUGUGGCUGCUUUAAGAUUUCCACUGUUUAUAGACCUGCUCAACGUUGAAACUUCCUUUAACCUCUCUUCU